AUGAACAUACAAAAUGAUAAUCAAUCAUUUAAAUUUACCGAUGCGGAUUUAAAUGAUGUGGUUGGAAAUAAUAACGUUAAUGUUGAUGUCAAUUUUCAAAUUGAAUCAACCAAUUUAAAAGAAUCAACAUCUGAAGAACAUGAAAUCAUGAAUAAAGAUGCAGAAAAAGGCCAUUUUCGUUUUAUCCAUGAAGAACACACUUCAAGUAAAUCUUCUUACUCGGUUGUUACAAAUGCACGUGGAAUUUAUCUAAUUGUCGUAAUAGUUGUCGCUCCUUCUGAUAGUCAACGAGUAAUAAAGCGUCAACAAGGUUUGAUGGAUGCGAAACAACUUAAAGAACAAUUUCGCCUCGCAAAUAUAAAUAACGAGAAAGUUAAUGAUGAAGCAAUUGCUCGUGCUGCGGACGAGAAUUACCUUGUUAACAAACAGGUAAUCGACGAAGUUUAUUUAGAGGCGUCUCGGCCGGUAAUGGAUCUUCAAGAAGAGAUGUUGCAACAAGGCCUCAGAUCGAUUGGUUGUUAUGAUGAUGUUGUUAUUGACGAUUGCGAAAAUCUUGUUAUUGAAGAGUUAUCCGAAGAAGAAAUGAUGAACAAUCUUCAAAUCAACAACAAACAUCUGACUACAAAUCUUUAUUAUAUAUUAUGGUUCAAGUCAUGGUAUUAA